CUGUUUUCCUGGCUCUGUUCCACUGUUCUCCUUUGACCAUGAAGUUCAUCCUUGUGACCAUCGUUUUGGCCGUGCUCCUGAGAGACACCUUUGGAGACAUCCAGCCUCAGAAAAACUUUGACCUUAAGAAGUUUGCAGGAAAGUGGUACCGUGUCGGUCUGGCUGAUGACUCCCCGAGCUUUGCUCUGUUCCGACACAAGCUCACAAUCAAUAUGGGAAUAGUGGAACCUAAAGACAACGGUGAUGUCAAUAUGACCAUGUGGAGAAUGAUCAGAUCCACAGGCUGCAAGAGCAAAAUGCACACAUAUAUGAGGACUGCUGUGCCUGGAGUGUUCACGUACUUCAGCACACGUCACAAUAUAGUGAAGGAUGUCACAAUAGUGGAGACUAACUAUACGGAGUAUGCUUUGCUUUUCAAGUACAAGAAGUUCAAUAGGGAGUAUACUCAAGUGUCUCUGUACGGUCGUACCCAGACGUUGAGACCCGAGCUGAUUGAGAAGUUCAAAAAGUAUGCCAUGCAGCAGGGUUUCCCUGAAAGGUCCAUUUUGACCCCAUCACCACCUGCAGACAACUGCCCUCCUUCAGGACAGUAGGGUCUGCUCUCUUUGGGGCAACAUGAUGGUGCAGUGCAUCAUGAGCCAGCAAACAUCUACAUGUUCUUUACUGAAUAAGCUAAAUAACCUGGAAGAACUCCACAGUAUGAAACUUCACUGAUAGCCUGCAUCGCUGUCUUAGAUUUAACUCAGCUGCUAAAUUGUCUUAUUAAUCGCUAGUAACUUUUGCUAAUGAAAAUGUAGAAAAAUACAGUUUGAUUUCUCUUCUGA